AUGCGAGCUCCCGGAGGUCCUUUAUACACAUCCUGCAAGCUGCCUGCCUCCCCGUCCCUUACAGCCCGCGGAGGAGAAGCUGUAGAUGCAGUGGGGUGGGAUGCGUUGUAUGCUGAGGCCGGCAGGCAGGCAGGCAGGCAGGCAGGCAGGCAUCGAGAACAACAGAGGGAUGAGAUCGAGGGUAGACUGCUGUGCCCUGAGCAGGCCGUGAGCAGCAACGACAGCGACCAUGCUUUUGUCGCCAUCUCUGACAAAUAUGGGCCGAUGGUGCUGCAGGGGCUCAUCCGCGUGCUGCACGGCAGAGUGGAGGGCGUGCUGCUGCAGCCCCGUUCCCCACAGGACAGCACCACACCUCCGCAGGCCUCAGUGGUUCUCCAAGGCACGGAUGAGCCCAUCGACGGUGUGAAUGCAAUCAUCUUCAGCACCGGCUACAGCCCCGCGCUGCCCUUCCUCCCCACCCUCCUCAAGCAGCAGAUUGGCUUCGACCCCUCCGACCUCUUCUCCCCGCUGCUGCUGCACCGCUGCACCUUCCACCCGUCGCUCCCAAACGCCGCCAUGGUGGGCAUGUAUCGCGGUCCCUACUUUGCCGCCAUGGAGCUGCAGGCUCGCUGGGCCGCAGCCGUGCUGUCCGGCGCCCUCCCGCCCGUUCCAAGCAGGGCGCUACAAGAGGGCAUUGAGGAGGCGAGGAAUGUGCGGGAGCAGCAGCCACGGCCGCAGUUCCCUGUGUGGGACUACGUGGGCAUGUGCAACUCCAUUUCUGAUGCUUUGGGGUGUGCGCUGCCCACAGAUGCUGAGUGGAUCAAGGCACACGACAUGGUCAUACCCGCGCACUACUGCACCACGACCAGUGCACCGUCUGUCGCUGCCGCUGAGAUUGCCAUGGCACAGUUGGGGCAUGCUUGUGGCGAGUGGCAGGGCGGCAGUGCAGUGGGAGGUGCGGUGUUCCAGGGGUUGGCAGGAAAAUGGUGUUUGGAGCGGGAAAUUCGGAGUGCGCUUGAGGGCCUCCCAUCGGGCCGGAUGGAAGGAACUGCCAUGUUCACUCUGCGGCCGGGGGAGGGAGAGUACCUGUACCGUGAAGAUGGGGAGUUUGUGAUGGCGGGCAGCGCAGGGGGCAAGGGCAACAAGGUGUGGCGGGAGUAUGUGUGGGUGUGCCAGGGGCCAGAGGAUGGCAUUGCCGUCCACUUUGCCGACAAGUCGCAACGCACCUACCUCUUUCACCACCUCAGGUUCUUCCCGGACCCUUGUGGAAAUAUAUAG